CACAGAAUGAAACUGUAAACAGGGCCGCAAACCCGUUAAUCGAAGAACGAACAUUGAUCAUAACGUAGUAUCAUACAGAAGAAAGAAAGUCUGGGAUUUACACUUUAAAAAAGUUGAAUGUUUAGAAACAAAAUGCUUCGCAAAGCCAGUAGCGACAGCAGCCACGAACAACCAUCACUGCCAAGCAUAAGCGCAAAUAACAACCAAACAACAGCGCAAAGAAAAUUUGACCUUGAAAAACGUACAGAUAAUGCCGAAUCAUCAUUAUCGGAUCUUGUAAGUACCGGUAAAGGAAGGUCCACAAUCCAUGGUGAAAUGUAUCAAGUGCGAUUGGGUUUGGUGAUCACAUUACGAGGGUUCCGAAUGUAUCAGGAGGACCGUGGUUUUGACUUUGCUGUCGGAAUGGAGGAUCCAAUUGGAAAAGAUUUCGAUGACAUCAUGUAUCACUACCGUUCGUCACCAAUAUCAACGGGAACCGUCUGUGUACAGGCAAAACACAAACAGGACAAAAAGUCCAAACUUACAAAAAGUAUGCUACUUGCUCCUUCGAACAGCAGUAAUUCUGCGUUUUCGAUUCCAAAAUACUUCCUCUCAUUUUUAGAAGUUGACCAACAACUAAAAACUGACACCCACACAUACGUUUUGUGUACUAAUGCAUUGUUGGAUGAAAGCUUAGAAAAAUGGUUAAUGGUUAAAAAAAUUCAUGUAGACGAUGGAUUACAGUUUUGCUAUGACAUUGGGGCAACCUGCUACCAAAUUAAUCGCAACGCAGCUCAUGAGAAAUUGAAGGCAGCUAUAAAGAAAACUGUACCCAAGAAUGAUAGUAAAUUGCCUUGUUCUGCGAUUUUCCAAGAAGAAAAUUUAGUCAGGGAACUAGAGAAGUUCUAUGAAUCAUUCGUACUUGUUUGCAAUUCACUUAACGAAGAAGAACUUUAUGGAAAGGCAGUUGAAUUGCUGCCUAAGUGGUGUAGCUCUACAAUAAUUAGAGAUAGGUUGCAUACGUUAAUGAUUGAUGCAAUGAAGAGUCUGGAAUCAAUGCCAAUUGAUAUUCCAUUAUUAAAGAAAACGUUUAUAGAUGAAAUCGACAACACUAAGUGUGGUCGAUUAAGCAGUUCCUCAAAAGAAUACAUUGAAUCAUUACGCCUUAAAUAUCCACACAUUGAAAUAAAUGCGGAGAGACUAAUUCGUUCAAAAUUGGCUACAUUCCUUGGGGACGCUGAUGCUGACGAAGUUUAUGAAUUGAACAGCCAUCUUGAUUCAACAAUAAGCUCUAUUAUUAUAGCUCAAACCUUAUUGUUAUUUGAAUGCGAAGCAUUAUUUGUUGAUGGUUCAAAACUUGAAGAAAAUCAAGAGUUAAUCGAUAUUCUGCAAGAUUGGUGUUCGUACCUUAGAGAUGUUAAUCAUCCUACUAUCAAAGUGAUUACGGUUGUAGGAAAACCAAAACUGCCUUCAAUCGAUACGAUUGAGAAAUUGUCGAAAAAAUUUAAACAAAAAAUCGUUGUUGUAGAGAAGAUGUCUGAAAACCAGCAAAAGGACAAUCAUUGCGAGACAUUUUCCGUCCAUGAUCUCACGCACGAGGCUUCACGUCAAGUUUUUGAAGGCAAUAACCAUAAAAUUAUAUUUGGAACUGAUACCCCACUUAGACAAAUUGUGGACGAAUCAGAUGAUUUGUGCUUUUUACUAACUGUGUUAGAACGUUAUAACCAAUCGAGUGACAAAAAAGAAAAUCUAAACGAGUACAACUAUGACCAGAUUAAUCACUGGUACAUUCAUCGUGAUUAUUGUGAGGACAAUGACCGUAAAAAGCAGUUAGAGAACGUGCCACUACUUAUGAACAACCAUCGAAUUGAUUUACCAUAUACUAAAGACAAAGAUGUACCUUUUGAAAAAAUGGCAGAAUUGAUCGAUUAUAAUAAUACCACCUUUUCAGAGGUACAGCGUGUCUUGGCUAUGAGCGAGGAAGAUCCCAUUCCACCUGGUUUCGAAAAAGAUGAUAAUGGCAAUGUUUUUAUUUUCCUAAACGAUUCAGGUCACGGGAAAACAUGCUACUUCACCUGGUUAGCCUGGCGUUUGGCGAAACUGGAUCGUGCCCUAUAUGUGGUUAAAUUGAAUGCAAUAGAAUAUACGUCCGAUUUUGAACGGUUGGACAACAUCGGCGUACAAACCAUUGACGAUACAGGGAUCGUGAGACUAUUGUACAGACUUGUUCAUCUUGCACUUUUCGUUCCAAGUGUAAAUAAACAAACAGAGGAGGAAACGAAUAUUCAGCGUAAGGAGGCUGAUCAGUGUGCGGAACUGUUGACAUGUAUCAAUGGCCGUAUAGUAUUGGAUGAGAUUAAAACAAAAGAGCUGCCAAUGAGACAACUGAUCGAGUUACGUUUGUUCCGAGCGAAGUUUAACGAACAGCAGUUCGUAUUAAUUUUUGACGGGUAUGAUGAGAUUGCACCAAAUUAUGACGAUGUGGUUUUGUGUUGUAUCGAACGAUUUGCGCAGUUGGAGAGAAUUCGAAACAUUUAUCUGUCUAGUCGACCGUUGGAUUUAGAAAAAAAAAUUAGAAAGACUUUUAACAAUUGUAACAUUAAUCGCUUGAAACCAUUUUCACGUGAUAAUGUAAUACUGUCGCUGCACAAAUUUCUUCUAAAUAAUGUAGCCAACUACAAAGACUGUGAAAGGGAACAAUGCAUGUAUGUGUUGACUGUGCUGUAUAUUGUUAUUACCGAAAUGCUAAAUGAGUUAUCAACUGUUCCGCUGUUGUUAUGUCUAGCACAAGAUAUCCUCUUACCCACGAUGAGGGAGCACAUCAAUUUUAAAUUGUACACGAUAUCGAAAAAUUUGUUUGCGAACGCAAAGCUUGACACUAUGCAACUGGUGGAACAUUUCAUUGAUCGCAAAUUUCAUAUUUUGCACACGGUCAAAUCCGGUACAACUGAUUCGGCUAUUAAGACACCUGCGGCAAGGCAAAGUGAAGAGCGUUCAAUCAAAUUACUGAAAGAACGACACGUUCUGUUGGCCAUGUUCGUUAUUUUCGACCAUGCCGAUAGGGAAAAAUUGCUGUCCACCAAAGAUCAGGAGCUUGCAACAGAGUUUAUCGAGAACGUGAUUGGAGGGGACGAAAAAACAGGUAUUAUCGAAGGGAUAAGAGACGGUAUACCUCAUUUCGUACAUCGGAUCUUCGCAGAGUAUUUUGCCGCUUGUUGGCUUAGCAGAAAUAGGAAACGAUUUCGAAACGAGAGCGUUUUUCAGUCUCAAGUAAUUUGGACGGACUCUUUGGAGAAAAUGCGUGACUUUUUCAACCGUAUGAUACUGCGCGAAAGCGAAGGUUGUGAUUUGCACUGGGCAGUAUUGAACCAAUCCCCCCAACAAUUUAGCAAAAUAUUGCGCAAAAACCCCAACGCGGUUCAUGAGAAGGAUAAAGUUGGUCGCUCGCCGUUGCACUUACCACAUUCGUAUUGGAUGUAUCAAAUGUCUCUACCUAAUGAAGAAGAGAUGCUUUCAAACCCCGGCCAUGCAACUGAUGAGCUAUUUCAGUGGAAUGCUUUAGAUUAUGCAUUUAUUUUGAACGAUGGUUUAGCAAUAGGUUAUUUAUUAAAAUUAGGCGUGCGGUUUAAUGAAAAAAUCUUGUUCGAGCAGCUGUAUUCUAAUGAUGUAGAUAAUUUGUUAUUUCAAGGAACUAAUUACGCCUUCUUCUUGGAACAUUAUGGAAAACAGCCUGAUGCGGCAAAUGCUAUGCGCACACGUUUUGUAAGGCAUUUAAUUAUCGAGCGGAAGCUAGAUAUUUAUUCACCUCGUAAGAAAUUUGAAUCUUUAUCUUUGCUAGAAUUUAGCGCAGCAUGGAAUCUUCCAGAAAUAUUUCAUCAGCUAAUUUCACAGUCUGGUCAACCGCCGGUGCAGGUUUUGGAUGGAUGGGUUGAUCGUUUGUAUCAGUUGGCAUUCGAGAGAAAAGCUCACGAUAUUAUAACUUAUCUUGCUGAUCGAUGCAGCUUUCCCCUGCCUUGGAUUAAUAACAUUUCAAGCGUUGUCUUAGUUGCCAAACGUAUUGCACGUUUCAAAUCAAAUCAACAGCAAUUGUUCAAAACAAUCUUUCAACAGUUAUGCAUCCGAUAUAAAUUUAUAAACGUUGAAGAAAGCGAAAUUAUUGAUGAAAUUGACGCUCAAAAUGAAAACAAUUCGAUCGAAAUCGAGUAUUCAUUCGAAAAUGAUUGUUGCGUAUUAAGCAGCAACAAUGUAAAUCUGUCGGUACCGGAAUAUUCAUUGUUGGAUGACUUUGAUUUUAAUGUUGCUGAAAUAGUCAUAGAAUUUUUAUUAACCAGAGCGAUCCACGUCGGUAGUGUACAGAUAGCCAGUUACAUACUGCAAAAGACAAAAAUGCCCGUUACUAAUCGAUUGAUUGUUACGAUUAUGCGAUUGUUGCCGAAAUCACAGCCUCUAUGUCAUAAAAAAUCUAUGUCAGCUUUCAGAUAUCUUCUCGACAAAACGGUCGAUUUGUACAGUGUUGAUCACGAAGGACGGAAUUUGCUUCAAAUGGUCGCUCAAAAUGGUUGCUUCUACAUGUUGCCUUGCUUGAUUGCUAAAGGUUUUGAUCCAAAGCAGAUCAAUGUUCUAAAUCAUUGGAAUGGUUAUCACUAUCUUGCGACCUGUGCGGAUAAAUUUGUUUCGCGUGUGCCCAAAGUAUUCGCAUAUUUUCAACAUUUGGAACAUGUGGAUGGUUUUGAAACUUUGAGUAUAAAAGGUGAGAGUGUUUUUGAUAUUGCAAUUGCUAAUGAAAAUUAUUUGGCAUCACAAAUGCUAUUUCAAACACGAUACUGUAACCUUUCUUAUAUGGGAAAAGUAGGUGCAGUGAUGGAUAUCAUACAGCGAUUGCUUUUAAGUUAUGACUCGAACAUUGUGUUGUGCGUUUUGUAUUCUUGGUAUAAUUAUUCAAUUUAUACGCAAGAUGAGAUGUGGCAUGCAGUUUAUUUCAAUAUCGAUAAAAGUAUACCGAUUAUUUGAUGUGGUUUAGUGAUUUGUGGAUAAUUUUGUUAGUAGUACGAACAUUUGUAGCAUGUUUUAUACAUAUAUAUACAUAGCAGUAAAAGGAGGUAUUUUAAGGGGUAGAAUAACAUAGUUUUUGUAUCCAUAUACAAAACGGAUAUUUUUUAUGAAAGGAAAACAGUUUUUUUAUUCGUGAUGAUUGUACAGGUAGUGUUUUAGUUAUUAAUUUGUUAUAGUAUUAACAACCAGUACUACUGUACUACGAUACCUAUGUUACGAAUUAUUUUAUGAAUGUAUAAUAUUUCCUUGUACAUAAUAAAUGUUUUGAAUGUUUAUGGUUGUAGCUUUAAGACAAGUUGUAACAAAUAUCUGCAAUUUUAAUAAAAUAUUGGGGGUCCAAUUUGAUAUCUUUUUAAUAAAUUUAAUAAACACAGCAAUAAUUGUAAUAAAAAGCUUGCUCGGUUGUACUUGUGUAGCCGUAGAAUAGAAGGUUCUUUACAUCUCCCAGAUCAUCAUGUACAUUUUUUUGCAGAUUUGAUUGUGAGAUUGUUAAUGGUGCUGUUGAAUCACUGUUGCUGCAUCUUUUAUCGAAUAUGUAAAAUUACUUAAGCACAUCUUGCACAAUGGAUGCAGACCGGGAUAAAAAUGAUUUUUUUAAAGUUUUUAGAUAUUGGUAUUCGCCGUGUUUUGAAAUACACUUACUUAUACAUUCAGAAAACCUAUAAAUGAGGUCUAUAAAUCCCGUACCGUCGGAAUAAUAAUUUAACAAAUAAAAGGAACAAAUUUGAUCGGUAAUGUUUAAUAGAACUGGCACUGUCUUUGUUUACCUCUUUAAAAAGUUUAAACAGUUGUAAACCCUUUAAAACAACAGUUCUUCAUUUGGAAAUUAGAUAGAUAACACAAAACAGUCAAACAGAACUGUUUUCUAUCGUUAACCUGGAAAAGCCAAAACAUUAUAAUAUACUCAUUACCCGAAAUAAACGGUGCUUAACAUUCGCAAAUUUAGAGAUACGCGGAUUUUAUAAAUUAGGCAUUUUGCGGAGUUUUUUUGUGGAGUUUUUAAAUAGCAUUUUUCAAUAAUCCCUAAAAUCCCCUUCGCCAUAUUGCUUUAUUAUAAAAGUUAGUUUUUAUUUAACUGCAUAUCUCGAAAAAAAACAUUGAAAUAUCAAUUUUAAAGGUGCCUCAUAACGUGAAAAUUAGUAGUCGAUUUAUUAAUACGACACAUGAACGAUGUUUUAAAGAAAAUUCGAGUUACGCAGAUACGCGAUACGCGAUAAUUUCUUUGGAACGGUUUAUCCCCGAAGUUUGGGUAUUUACUGUACAGUUAAAAAAUAAAUCUUAAAAUA